CUAGUCUACCAGAAGCAGCCAUCCGCCAUGGAAAAGUCAAAAUUCCUCCGCGUUUUUCAUCCCUAAUCCCUACAAGAAUCUCUCUAAUCCUCUCCCAAUUCUUCAAUUUCAAUUUUUCUCCAUCAGAUUCACCUUCUUUCUUGUGAAAAAAAAAAAUCCAAAUUCAACAUGAACGAUCUCCUUUCCCGCUCCUUUUCCGGCGGCCGGAACGGCGAUAUCGAGAUGGGGAACGCAACAGACGGCGAUGGAACCAACCUCGACAAGUUCUUCAAAGAUGUGGAGGCAAUUAAAGAAGAACUCAAAGCUCUUGAGUUACUUCACGAUCAACUCCAAUCGUCAAACGAACAAAGCAAAACCCUACACAGCGCUAAUUCCAUCAAAACCCUAAGAACUAAAAUGGACAACGAUGUCGCCAUGUCUCUUAAAAAGGCCAAACUCAUCAAGAACAAUCUCGAAGCCCUAGAUCGCUCCAAUGCAAACAACCGGAAUCUCCCUGGCUGCGGCCCGGGGAGCUCCACCGACCGUACACGAACCUCCGUCGUCAACGGCCUUCGUAAACAACUCCAAUCCUCGAUGAAAUCAUUCAACGAACUCCGUCAGAAAAUGUCCGUCGAACACCGGGAGACCGUCCAGCGACGAUACUACACCGUCACCGGUGAAAAUCCGGAUGAAGCAACGGUGGAUAAUCUAAUCUCCACCGGACAAAGCGAGACUUUUUUACAGAAAGCGAUUCAGGAGCAAGGACGAGGUCAGGUGAUGGAAACAGUACUUGAAAUUCAGGAACGGCAUGACGCCGUGACGGUGAUCGAGAGAAACCUCAAGGAACUGCACCAAGUUUUCAUGGAUAUGGCGGUGUUGGUGGAGCAUCAAGGAGAGCAGCUUGAUGAUAUCGAGAGCCAUGUGAACAGGGCAAACUCGUACGUCACCCGUGGAACCAACCAGUUAGUUGAAGCAAGGAAGAAACAGAAGAACACCAGAAAGUGGACUUGUUUUGCGAUCCUUCUGUUGCUCAUCAUCAUCGCCAUUAUCGUCUUGUCCAUUAGACCUUGGAAGUAAGAAGGUGGUGGUUGUACUCUGCGCAUCAGAAUUUGUACCCUUGGUAUGUUAUUGGUUUUCCAAUGUUUUUUGUUCAUAUUGAUGUGUUUUAGUUUGAUUUGGUGUUCACAUGUUGAGGGGUAUUAUUGUAAUUUAAGGGCAGAUGGGUUCUUAUAUUUUUUUGGUUAUUUGUUUAAAAUUCAGAUUCUUGAUUGGGUUGUAUCUAUAUUUUGUUACCAUAAUAAAAUUAGAAGCAUCUAAAUUCAUCC